UUCAAAUUCGAUAAAGAGCGGGAAGUGCAAACAAAGGAAACUGAAUCGCUUGUGGGAGGGUCAUCUUCAAACACGAGACUGUGGGCGGGAAACACUUUCAUUGGCUCUCUAUCUGACCCGUCAAACUAUGAGCUGACCAAUAGAAACAUUUUAUAGGUUCGGCCGACGAAGACACGCAAUCAGACAACAGGCUCCGUUACGCUAAACAUUUGCAUGUGGGAGUGAAUAAAUACCACAGCGACGAAACUCUUCAACAUUCAUCAUUUUCUCAUCUGUGAAGAAGCAUCAUGCCUGAACCAGCCAAACCCGCGCCCAAGAAGGGCUCUAAGAAGGCCGUCACCAAGACCGCCGUUAAGGGAGGAAAGAAGCGCAGAAAGUCCAGGAAGGAGAGUUACGCCAUCUACGUGUACAAAGUGCUCAAGCAGGUCCACCCCGACACCGGCAUCUCUUCCAAGGCGAUGGGCAUCAUGAACUCUUUCGUCAACGACAUCUUCGAGCGCAUCGCCGGUGAGUCGUCUCGUCUCGCGCACUACAACAAGCGCUCCACCAUCACGUCGAGAGAGAUCCAGACCGCCGUGCGUCUGCUGCUGCCCGGUGAACUCGCCAAACACGCCGUGUCCGAGGGCACCAAAGCCGUCACCAAGUACACCAGCUCCAAGUAAAGCGCCGCUUUCAUCCGCCGCACACAAAGGCUCUUUUAAGAGCCACACACUUAAUCCUUUAAAAGAGAUUCUUGUUAUUGUAAGCAUUUACUGUGUUUGUGUAUUAUGAUUUAAAUUAUGACGCGUAUAAAAUGGCAACCAACCAUUUUAUCAUAAAGAAAUCAUGUUUAAAAGUAAAUAUAAGGUUUGACUUUAGUUAUUGUUGCACGAUUAUCGCAGAAGGUGGCGGUAUUGUACCGGAUAUAAACUAUCAGAGUUCGGUCUUCAGCUGCUUUAAGGCUGAAAUACACUACAAGACUUUUGCUCAGUUUUCAGUCUGGACUUGUUACAGAAAGUCUGUGUCAGUCUGCAGAUUUGAUCAGUUUGUGUGUUUUUAUCUGAAACUUUAAUAAAGUCUGAAAGUGUUUGA